CCUACCAAACUUCUAACGCAUACAACCUUCCUCGAACACAACCCUGCUCUUAUCCCCUCCUCGCUCCAUCUCUCACCUUCUCCCCUUCGUUCCACCCCCAACACAAUGGAAGCCAACAACCAUCCUUCCUCCUCCCUCCCCAGCCCCCAAACCCAAGAGGACCAGCAAACCCAACUCCCCACCACCACCAGUCUCCCAUUGGCCACCAUCUCCCUCUCUGUUCUCCCCUCUUACGUCUCUCUCUUCUCUUCCUCCACCACCUCCCUCAAAUCCUCCUCCUUCUCCCCCUUCUCUUCCCACCUCAAGAUCCCCUCCCAGAUCUCCUCCCUUUCACUCUCCCUCUUCUCUCCUCCCUCCAAGCCCCACUCCAAGCUCUCCACCCCUUCCAAGAUCUCCAAUUCCCUUCUCCUUUCGCCUUCCCCCAUCGUCAUCCGCCGCCCCGCCGACCCAUCCGCCGGCGCCGCCGCCCGCCGCUGCUCCAUCGUCUGGUUCCGCUCCGACCUCCGCCUCCACGACCACGAGGCGCUCUCCGCUGCCAACGCCGACUCCCUCUCCCUCCUCCCCGUAUUCCUCUUCGACCCCCGCGACUUCGGCCGUUCCCCCGCGGGCUUCGACCGCACCGGACCCUGCCGCGCCCGCUUCCUCGUCGAUUCUGUUUCCGAUCUCCGCGCUGGGCUGCGCCGCCGCGGAUCGGACCUCGUGGUGCGGGUCGGCCGCCCGGAGGUGGUGCUGCCGGAGCUGGCGCGCGCGGCCGGCGCUGACGCCGUGUACGCCCACCGGGAGGUGUCCCACGACGAGGCGCGUGCGGAGGAACGGGUCGCGGAGGCGAUGGAGGCCGAGGGGGUCGAGGUAAAGUACUUCUGGGGCAGCACGCUGCACCACGUGGAUGAUUUGCCGUUCGAUCUGGAGCACAUGCCUACCAACUAUGGAGGGUUUAGGGAGAAGGUGAAGGGCGUGUCUGUGAGGAAGACGAUUGAGACCCCAGAGGAGGUUAGGGGUCUUCCAUCGAGGGGUGAUAUCGAGCCUGGGGAGAUCCCAAGCUUGCAAGACCUUGGGCUGAAUCAGGAUGGGAAAUCUGUCACGAGUGUUCCUCUUGUGGGUGGUGAGACUGAAGCACUAGAGAGAUUGAAGAAAUUUGCUGCUGAAUGUCAUGCCCAACCAAAUGAUGGAAAUAAGGAUAAUACUAGGGAUAACAUAUAUGGUGCUAAUGUCUCGUGCAAAAUCUCUCCAUGGCUAGCAACGGGAUGCCUUUCUCCUCGCUUCAUGUUUGAGGAGCUAAAGAAGACUGCGACUAGGGCUAUAUCUGCCACUUCAUCACGGAGGAAUGGUGUUGAUCCAGCAGAUGGUGGGAUGAACUGGUUGAUGUUUGAAUUAAUGUGGAGGGAUUUCUUCAGGUUUAUCACCAAGAAGUGCAACUCCCCGAAGAAAAAGGUGGAGGGUGUACCAGCUACGGCUUGCGCUGGUGCUCUAGUCUAACUAGUCUGCUUGCCUUGGUUUGGUCCCAAAUUUAAAUGCAUCCUUGGCCUGUGAAAUCGAAGGUACUCUCGAAGUCAAUCUUCUUUUAAUUUCCUGUAAUUGUCGCACCUCGGUGUUGUUGUCUUGUCUCAGACAUCAACUUUGAGCUACCAGUUUUUGUUCUGGUCAGAAUAAUCGGCCACUUGUGCCCUUGAUUGA